AUGGCAGCCCCAACCAGCACGGCAGCAACAGCGAAUGGAAGUAUAGGCCGAUCGUCUUCCUCGCCGCAGUUCCAAUCGCCGAGCUCAUCCAAUCCGCUUCCCAUCGCACCAGCGCCUGUUCCUCAGCCCAUGAUGCAGCCCUCACCGCUGAUGCCGUAUCCACAAUCUGCAUCGGGCCCCGUGCACAUGACGCCCCAAGCGGCGCAGAGUCAGAUAGUGUGUACAGGAUGCCGCACGCUACUCGUGUAUCCUAAUAACGCAUCCAACGUGCGCUGCGCGCUGUGUAGCACCAUCACCCCCGUGCCACCCGCUGGCACGGAGAUGGCGCAGCUGGUGUGCGGCGGCUGUCGGACUCUGCUCAUGUACGUGCGGGGAGCCACCAGCGUGCAGUGCUCCUGCUGCCACACUGUCAACCUCUCCAUGGAAUCAAGUCAAGUGGCACAUGUGAACUGCGGCGGCUGUGGCAUGACGCUCAUGUAUGCAUAUGGGGCUCAAAGCGUCAAGUGCGCCGUCUGCCAGUUCGUCACCCAGGUUGGCUCGUCGCUGCGCCCUUUGCCAGUGCAACAAAGGCACUGGUGUCAAAUGUUGCAGUUGGGAUCUCCAGUGACAAAAAAAGCUGAUGCUUUUGAUUCAUGGCAAUUCAAGGAAUAA